AUGGCAAGGGGAAGAAGAGCUAGAGAAGCAGGUGACUCCUCUGCAGGAGCAGAGGCAGGAGGGACUUUACUUCGUGGUGAUCUACUGCACAAGGCUCUUGGGGACGUCUCUCGUACUGCUGAUGGAAGCGGGUAUGCCUUCACCCGGCUGACUUGCUGCGGGAAGGGCGUGACUACGUUACCGAAUGCAUUGCAGCUGUACGUACACCUGCGGUACAUUGAUAUAUCUGGCAACAGAAUCAGAGACUUGACUCCUUUCUCCAGGCUUCCCUAUCUGCUGACGUUGAACGCAGCAGGGAACCAAAUAGAAGAUAUUACAUGUUUUUCAUCUCCAGAGGCACUUCCGUACCUCUUCCUCCUAAAUCUUAGCAGUAAUAAAAUAUCUAGGGUUCCGCGGUUGGCCCUGCAGAGACUUGCGCGUCUUGCUCUUGAUGCGAACCCUAUUACCACACUAGAGGGUUUUGUGCAGCCGCCUUCCCUAACCCACUUAAGCCUUCGAGGGACACCGUUGGAAACUCUAGAUUCCUUGCCCCCAUCUGACACCAUAACAUCCCUUUACUUAUCGCACACACCGAUGCAGCAGCUACGACAGCUACAGCAGCUACCCCAAAUCAAAACUCUGGAUCUGGAGGGCGUUCCCCUUCCUCCGGACCAGAUCAACAUUCUGGUUCUACUCCCUAAGCUUAGAGAAGUUUGCCUAUCCUCUACAGACCCGUAUAUGGAGGAGGAGCAUUUUAGGGCAGAAAUCUUACGAGUUCUUCCUCGAUUGCACUGGAUUAACGGCAGUGCAGUGACCUCGGAUGAACUGAAGGCAGCAAGGGCCUUACGUGAAGCGAAUGCACAGCGGGAAAAUGAGCUCAGUGAGAUACAGAAUGAGGAGGAGGAGCAGGAAAGCAACGAAAAUACGGCAGGCUGA